UACCUUUGAACGUGACUCUGGGUCCAGGAAGUGGAGCUUUGGCCUGAAGUGGCUCCCAGCUGCCGCGUGGCCCCGCUGUGCUCCCGGGAGGGUGGCAGGGACACCUGGCUGGCUGGGAGGGCAGCGGCAGGGUGACGGCUGCAGCUGGUGCUGGACGGGCUGAGGGGAGUGCAGCGUGAGGACCCAGCGACACCCCUGCUGCUCAUGCUGGCAGGGCUCUGCCAGGAGGAAGCCCGGGGCAGGACCCUUGCCAGGAGCCUGGCUGGCACAGCAUGGAGCACUCAAGCAAGAUGGAGUUCUUCCAGAAGCUGGGCUACGGCCGGGAGGAUGUGGUCAGGGUGCUGGGCAAGCUGGGCGAGGCUGCCCUGGUCAACGAUGUGCUGCAGGAGCUGAUCCAGACCGGCAGCCGCCCUGAGGCCCGAGAGGGCAGUGUUGUGCCCCUGCUCAUUCCCAGAGGCUCCUGUGGGGGCCUGGACCCUGCUCAGCAUGGGCUGGAGGCAGACGCAGAGGAGUGCAGAGGGCCAGCCAGCUCUUUGCGGCCCAUAGUGAUCGACGGCAGCAACGUGGCCAUGAGCCAUGGAAAUAAAGAAGUCUUCUCUUGCCGGGGAAUCCAGCUGGCUGUGGACUGGUUCAGGGACAGAGGACACACCUACAUCAAAGUUUUUGUCCCAUCCUGGCGGAAAGACCCACCAAGAUCUGAUACCCCUAUUAGAGAGCAGCAUGUGCUGGAGGAGCUGGAGAGGCAGGAGGUGCUGGUGUACACCCCGUCCCGCAAGGUGAACGGCAAGCGGGUGGUCUGCUACGAUGACCGCUAUAUCGUGAAGGUGGCCUACGAGCAGGACGGUGUCAUCGUCUCCAAUGACAACUACCGCGACUUGCAGAGCGAGAACCCCGAGUGGAAGUGGUUCAUCGAGCAGAGGCUGCUCAUGUUCUCCUUCGUUAAUGAUCGGUUCAUGCCUCCCGAUGACCCCUUGGGCCGCCGGGGCCCCACCCUGAGCAGUUUCCUGAGCAGGAAGCCGAAGCCCCCAGAGCCAUCGUGGCAGCACUGCCCCUACGGCAAGAAAUGCACCUACGGCAUCAAGUGCAAGUUUUACCACCCCGAGAGGCCGCACCACGCGCAGCUGGCAGUGGCAGAUGAGCUCCGCGCGCAAACACGGGCCUGGCAGGGCGCUGGCCCCGAGGCGGGGCGGCCGAGUAGCUCGCGGGCGGUGGCGGGCCGCGGGGAGCAGGGCGGCCCCCCGGGAGCGCCCACAGCCCGGCAUGGCCCCCGAGAGCCCGGCGCGCACAGCCUGCCCCCUGCGCCGCGGGCUGCGGACGUGGCCGCCCUCGGGGGCAGCUUCGCGAAGCUCGCCUUCCACGACGACCCGGGGCUCCUCGGGGCGACCCCCCCGGGUCCAAGCUGCGGCCUCGCACCCCGGCCGCGCUGUCUGAACUGGGUGUCGCCCGAGGCCCCGCCGUGCCCGGGGGCCCUGCCCCGACUCCCCAGCCCCCAGAACCCGUCUGGCCCUCAGGUCCGGCGGCGGGGUGGGUACCGCCCCGGGGACCCGCAAGGCGACCUGCUCCCCCAGCGCAGGCCGCGCACCUUCCCAGGAGGCGACGACCGGUUCCAGGGCCCCUCCGCCUGGGCGGAGCCGGGCUGGGCAGACCGCGCCUUCAGGGGACCUUCGGGGUCCGCGCGCCCCGCUGAUACCCGCGAGGUAGACGCGCGUGCCCGGGCGCGCAUCGCGCUCUGCAGCAUCUUCCCGACGCACCAGGUGGACAGCGUCAUGGCCUCGUUCCCCGCGCUCUCCGACGUCACCAGGCUCAUCCUCCUCAUCCAGAGAUUCCAAAAGUCUGGCGCUCCCCUGGGAAAAUCCUAAGGAACUGGUCCAAGCCGCCGCCAGCGUUGGUCCAGUCUAGCAUUGCAACUUGGGCCAGGCAGGUUGCCAGCCUUCACCUCGUCUGCCCACCUCGUGGGACCACUUUUCUUUAAGGACGGUCGGGGGAGCCUGCUCCUCGCCUGCAGCCAGGGCCCUGGGUGGCACUUGGUGGUGCUCCUGGAUAACUGUAGGGCCUGCUGCUGGGGGUCCAUGACCUGCAGAAUGAAGAGGGAGUGAUUUCUUAUGCUUGGAAGACUGUAGGUCCCUCCAUGGCUCCUGGGUUAUGCUGGGAACACUCCACGGCUGUUUUGGUCAAGCUGUGGUUGGGAUCCACAAGUGGGUCACAAGGUAAUUUAGUAGGUCCCACCGGAAAUGGAGUGGAAUAGAAAAUCUCAGCGUACACCCCAUAUAAUCAGGCUAUGUAUGAAAUUCUUGUUUGUUAGCCACACGUGUGAGCCUGUAUAACCUUGGUGGCCAUGUACACUUAACGUGGGUCAUGGGUGAAAGUGUGAAAAAUCCUGGUAAAUGGCCUUGAAUUUCAUUGCAUCAAAUCUUGCUUAAAUAUGUAUCAGUUGACCAGUGGAGGUUUUGACAUCUGGAGGUUUAUCAUACAAACUGUUUUGAACCCCAGGAGGGGAACCUAGAGGUCUAGCCUUGAUGUGUAUGGGUUCCACUGGUCACUCUGAAAUUGUGUGGCUGUGCUGGUCUGUGGAGGUCCUGAGGCCUGUCUCCGGGCCUUUGCCCCUUCACACACAUUCAUACCACAUGAAUGUCACACACACCCAGACACACACGCAACCACGUACACUCACAUGCACACCCCACUCGAGUCAGGACUAAGUGGCCUGUUGUUUUCAGUCACCCAUUGUGUCAUUUUCCAGCACAAGCCCUCUGCUGGCCGAGCCUUCUAAGUCACUCUUCCUAGCUGAGCUAAGGCCUGGUGAGUGAGGACUUCUGCUCAGAAACCUCCAGGUGGGUCAGUGACGACAGCUUGGAGGUUUUUGCUUUCUUCUGCCAUUGCUGUUUCUUCCAUCAAGGUAUUGCUCUGAGUUUUGGGGAGAAGGGGCCCACCCAGUUGCAAUGGACAGGAAAUGAGAUCAUGCUGCGAGACCAUGAACCCUGCAUCCUCAGGCCCUGGCAUCUCAAGGUGGCAUCCCCCAUUCACUGCGGGUUACACGUCCAGCUCCGCAGGUCUUGGUUCAUUUGUUCAUGAGGAGCUUUGUUGGCUAGACCAGAAGGGAGAGUGGGAGGAACUGUCCAAUGGAAAACUGGCUCUCAAAGCCCGAAGGCUUCCUGUGGACGGGCAAGCGCAGAGGGACACUCCUCAGGGCAUGACUUGGACGCAGGCACUGUUGGCACAGCUGGAGUGCACCCCUGGGAGAAUCUGCCCCUAGCUUCCAACUCAUGGUGAACGCCGCCUGGGAGAUCCAGUGACAGUGUGUCUCCUGUUGCCCCUUUCAUCUUUUAAGACCAGAUUCUCAGUGUGGCUUCAGCUGGAUCUGUUCCCACCUCUUUUCUAAAGAGGACACUAUACCCACAAUUGCACUGUCAAUUUUGGUGCCUCAGCCCUGUAGAGGGCCCCCUCUUUCUAGAUAAACUGGAUUUCCCUCCAAGUGUGUGUGUGUGUAUUUUCUCUUGGUCAUCAAGCUUUACGUGACAGCUGCUUUUGUGUUGUGGGUCCACAGACGUGGAGUCGCUUCAUUGCUCAUUCACAGUUGGAAAUGUUUAAACUGCUUCCUUUGAGGAUUUGAAGACAAGGUUGAGUUUUAGUAAGCUGUUAAAGCUGCUCUGUUUGGUCGCUGUGAUUAACGCAAGCGCAAAAACAAGUUGAAGAAACAGCAUAUUUCAAUGUAACCCCCUUUGGAAUGUUUUCCAAAGUCUUGGUAUGUCUUUGUGACACAAAACAUGGCGGGGAGGGCUGGAUGACGUGUUCCUAGUUGCAUACCUGUUACUGUGCUCCAAAAAUAAAUCACUUUUACCGCACCUGAACUCUCCAUUGU